AUGGAACCUACUGAUAAAGAAGAGAAGGUUGUGUUUGUAAUUGACGACCGAUCGACUAGCGAUGUUGUGGUGAGGCUACGGACGCAAGAAGGUCGAGAAGAAUGGAUGUACUGUCACUCGGUGAUUCUUGUUAAGAGUUGCAAGUAUUUUGCUGACAGGCUGUCUGAGAAUUGGCCGACUUGUCAGAUACUAGGUUCGCGUAAUUGUGUUGAUGUUAAUUGCCAAGAAUCGGAUUUUGAUUACUAUGUAAAUGUGAUUAGAUUUCUGUACAUUGUCGAUGAUGAUGGUUUGGUUGAUGAUUUGUGGCAUGGUGUGAGAAAUAAUCUUGGGAUUUUGCAAGUGGCGGUUGAGCUUGAUUGCCCGAAAAUUGUUGCUGCGUGUGUGAGUUACUUGGAAGCAAUGACGUGGGAAGAGAGUGAAGAGGAGGAGAUAUUGAAGAUUGUACCGAGGAUGGGAUUGCAAGCAGAGCCGAUCCUAGCUAGACUUCAACCGGUUGAUGAGAUAGCUGUUAGGAAUGUGUUUCUUUCGGCGUUACGGUUUGUUACGUCGUCCCCUCCACUGGCAAUGAAUGAUCUGAAAUCUUCAGCGCAAGAGCAACUUGAUUACAUGCUAAGUGAGGAUGAUGAUGUCCCUUUGUUGAUCGCUGAUGACAAGAUAAAACUUGAGAUAUUGAGUAAGUUGGAAAUAAUGAGAGAUUUUGUUGAGUGUUGGUUUGAUGCAUCGGAAAAGAUUGUCAAAGUACUCGAACAAGAAAGUUCUGCAACUGACAUCAUUGAGAUAAAGCUGCGAGCCGUUGAGAUAACUUCAAAAGUUUUAGAGGCAAUUGCUUAUGGUACUGUUAUACUGCCAACUGCAAAGCGUCUUCAGGUUUUGAAACAGUGGCUUCCGUUUGUGAGGGUUACAAAACCGAUGAUUGAUUCUGCCAUGAUGAAUUCUGAGAAUGCCGUGUUGCCUAAAAUGGAUAGCGAAAUGUGGCAAACUCUGGAAUCAAGUUUUGUCUCUGUUGUUCUUGCAUUGCCAUCAGGGGAUCAGGCAGUGCUUUUAACUGAAUGGUUGGAAAAUGAGCAUAUGCGGUAUCCAGACCUGACCGAAGCAUUCGAAGUAUGGUGUUAUAGGUCCAAGGUUGCUAGGAGAAGACUAUCGGUGCUAGAGGAUGAUCAGGUCAUGACAAACUCAGUUUGA